AUGCAGGGUGCUAUUAAAACAGUUUUUAAUCACAGGCUUAAUGGCCACCAGAUUAGGACUCUAAACGGUUCUACAUCAUUGUCUUGCGCUCAUUCGUGCUUGAUGGAGACCAGAUGCGUGUCCACGAACUUUGGAAUUUCCUCAGCGGAGAAUAAGCUCUUGUGUGAGUUAAAUGACCACGGUGAUUCCUUAAUUUCCGGCGAUGAAUUGAUGUACGCGGAAGGAUUUACAUAUUCUGCCUACUCUCCAGUGUUUCAAAGUAGUAUCAACGUUAUGGUGGGUGACAAAGUUCUUCUUUUACAUGUUUACUGUAAUAUCUUGAGAUUUCAGUUUCUGUUGGUUAAUUAAUUUUUAGAUGAUAUUCGUCUCUAAAACUGUUUUUCCUGUGUGCCCCAUUUCCAUAUCUCAUUCCUCUCGAAAUAUUUUUCUGAUUUUGUUCAUUUCCAUAUCUCACUUAUAAAAAACGAGAACCUUUUGCUUUCAAAUGUCAAUCAUGACCAUUACCAAAUUUCUGAGGAGCUUUGAAAUGUAAUACUGAGCUAUUGUAAGUAGAUAUAAGCUCCGAGUUAGUACGUUGUUACAGAUGCGACUCUAUGUGAAGUCCAGUAGCUUUGUUUACCUUCAUUUAUUUUUCCGACGAUUUUACCAUUGAUUCAGGACGAAUGCGACCAGAUGGUCUGUCUCAAUGAAGGCCUCUGCAAUUACAGCAACGACAAACAAAAAUAUCGGUGCAAAUGCAAACUUCCGUGGUUUGGGGACAUGUGCGAAAAGAAGAUAGGUAAGCAGCAUUGUUAUAAAGCCCAAUGUAUCGCGACAUGAAAGUUUAUUUCAUUUGAUAUUAUCAGAGUAUUCACGGUGUGCGUGUACCGAUAUGCGCCAUAUGCUUAAUGCUUUUUUAUUUCAUAGUCAAAUAAAUUAAUGCAUGUAAAAGGUGGAAUGAAGUUUUCAUUUUUUGCACGUCUAAAGUGUAUAGACAGAACUUUUCGUUUCCUAUCUGAGCAAAGGUUUUCCUUGUUGUGUUGUUAGAUAUCGAAUAUCAUUUCACUACACUGGGUGCAACGGGUAAGUCUGGGCCAGUAAAUAACGCGUUGUACCAGGGUACAUCACUGGAGGGGAUUUUAGUGAAAGACGGUUUGCAAUCAUGGGACAUUCCUUUGUCGGCCACGUAUUACCUCGAGUUAUGCGGAGCUACAGGUGGGAAUCACAAGGGAUUUAAUACCAUCGGUGGUAAAGGAGCAAAACUAAAUGGGACGGUCCAUCUUCAACAGGGAAUACAGCUGACAAUCUUAGUAGGGCAGCGAGGCAAACGGGGUGGAGGUGGCGGAGGAGGAACUUUUGUUGUUUUGGUAGGCAAUGGCAGUCCAUUGGCUGUGGCUGGCGGGGGUGGCGCAGCUGACUUGGUAGAUGGUGAUCCUGGUCAGGCCGGGUUGAGUGGUAGCGUCAAUCCUGGGGGAAAAGGAAAGGGAGGGAAGGUCUGCAUGUCGGGGAAUGAUGCAGACUUAGGUGGUGUUGGAGGUGGUGGAGGUCUUCUCACGGAUGGGCGCUGCUAUAAGGCGUCCAGUUGUAAUAAACCAUGUGACCAGAAAGAUGGAGGCAAAUCUUUUCAAACAGGAGGAAGGGGUGGAUACAGCCAAAUAAACAAGUGCACAGGAGGAUUCGGUGGCGGGGGAAAUUGUGGAGGAGGGGGUGGAUACUCUGGUGGUGGGGUGCAAGUCGAUGGCAAGAGUAAGAACCUUGAUCUUCAUGCUGGAGGAGGCGGGUCUUUUAUCCCGCCUGAUGCUAACUGGACGGCGGUGUCUGGAGGAUGUCCUUACGGCGAUGGUUAUGUUUUGUUUAAAAUUGUAGCAAUCGAUUGA